AAAAGUAAAGGGCAGCGGUGGGCUAACGAUUUCUUAUCGAUUCUCCUGUCAGCUGGCAACGCUAAACCAAAACAUACAACAAAAUUAAAAGGGAAAUCAAAACAAGGGAACGCGGUCAUUGAAAUUUCAGAAAAUACUGCUUUGUUUGCUUUAAUGGGAAUGGGAAUGGCUUUUUGCCCCGUAGAUAUGUAGAUAUCACAUGGAGGCACGGCUCGCAGCGAACACCCGCCAAUCCAAACCAUUUACAUUUACCACCUAGAUUAGCUGGGCUCGCAAACAACGGAUAAGACUGUAUAUCAGCUGUACGUACGUACGGCUAUUUGGUGAUAAAACCAGCGCCAUAGUUCCACUUCCACAAAGUAACAAAGAGAAGACUGAGCCGAACAACCUGCCAUUCUGAUGCCGACGCCCCACCGAGAUUAAAGCCCACUUUUCGCGCCCCAUCCGCAGUUGUCCAGCGACCCCAAGGCACUACACAUCGCAACGAUAGCCAAAUACGCAUAGGAUUCCGACGAUGUGCGUGAUAUUCUUUUGUGCGGACUCGAAUCCGCAGCCUGGUGGCUACAAGCUCAUCCUGGCCUCCAAUCGGGACGAGUUCUUUGCCCGCGCCACUAUGUCGGCGGCCAAGUGGGCGAAUGCCGAUCAUGUUUACGGAGCUUGAUGGCAGUCGAAUCGAACGAAUCCCUCACAAGAUCUGCAGCCUAAUUGGAUUUCCAGCCACGUUACCCAUAAGUGUGGAUCAACUUGAGCAAAUAUUUAUGUAUCCCCCCAUUUUAGGGAUCGAUCUGGAGCCGGGACGCGAGGGCGGCACCUGGCUGGCGAUCGGCCACUCCGCUGGCUUCUUCAAGGUGGGCGCCCUGCUCAACCUGACCGGCGAGCCCAAGCCGCGCGAUGCAGUUGCGCACAAGAACAUUUUGCAACCGCAUAAUCACAACAGCAACAGCACCGGCAUUAACCUUUGCCCCAAGCCCACCACCUCCAACAGCUACCGUCAUCCGAAUCCGAAUCCAAAUCAGAACCCGAAUACGAAUCCGAGUAGGGGGCAAUCGAAUAACGAACAUUUCUUACUAGGGCGCGGCAUGAUUGUGGCGGACUAUGUCACCCGGGCGGACGAGGAGCACAGCAUCCUGAACUACAACGAAAGGCUGCUCAAGGACUGCACCAAGUACUCUGCCUUCAACUUUGUGUCCAUCGAAAUUGGAUCUGCAUCCCAGCCCGCUCGCGUGAAGCUGCUGAGCAAUGUGCCGCCCACGCUGGAGGAUUUCCAGAACGGCGAGUGCUACGGAUUCGGCAACAGUCUGCCGCACUCUCCGUUCGAGAAGGUGCGUCAUGGCAAACAGGAGUUCGAGGCGAUCGUUAAGGCGCACGGGGGAGCCAGCGUGGAGACUCUGUCCGCCCAGCUGAUGCAGUUGCUCCGCAACAAGCACAAAUUCUGGCCGGACCACGAGCUAAAGACACGUGCGCCCAACUGGGGCGAGGGAUUGAGUGCCCUAAAUGUCCAUAUCGAAGAGCAUGCCUACGGCAGCCGCACACACACCGUUGUCCUGGUGGACAGCGAGAAUAAGAUGCACUUCAUCGAGGAAACAAUGACUGGGUUGGAUCCGCACGGCGAAUGGAACAAGACCCACAUUGAAAAGGAUUUUCAAAACAGCGUUUGACCACGGACAGGAUGACGCAACUUCUUGACCUCAAUCUCGUUCGAAGACUUUCCUUUUGUGGAAUAACUUAAUUGGCUGAUAUUCUACUAAUCUGUAUUUUGACUCUGGCAUUUGCGAUAAUAAAUAGUCAUAUUUACUAUAUAUUUAAUGAA